GUGCAUUAUAGUCAGAAUGCCUAGCUAUUCGUCGUUGAAGUAACCGGAAUCAGAGAAAAGAACCCGAGCAGCAGACCAGCAUAAGAUAGGGCUAGAAGGAUUUGAAUUAAUCGACAAAUUUUAUAGACCGGCAAUCAGACCAAGAUGGCCUCAAAUACCAACAGAAGAACAGACAGUGAUAAGUGCAAGAGAGGCGGCACACAUGUAUCGUGGGAUAGUUGUAGUUGACUAUCCAAGGGAACGUGGCAAGGCAAAGAAAGAGGCGGAGGAAGAAGGACGAGCUAAGGCGGAGAAAAAGGCAGUGGAUGAAGAAAGAAAGGCUAAGGUUGAAAAGAAAGCAAAGGAAAAAAGACCGGCUAGGGUUGACAGGGAGGUAGCGGAGGAAGAAAGACAGGCUAAGGCCAAGGAGGAGGCAACAGAGAAAGAAAGACGGGCUAAGGCCGAGGAGGAGGCAGCGGAGGAAGAAAGACAGGCUAAGGCUGAGGAGGAGGUAGCAGAGAAAGAAAGACGAGCUAAGGCUGAGGGGGAGGCGGCGGAGGAAGAAAGACGAGCUAAGGCUGAGGAGGAGGCCGCAGGGGAAGAAAGACCGGCUAAGGCUGAGGAGGAGGCAACAGGGGAAGAAAGACUGGCUAAGGCUGAGGGGGAGCCGGCAGAGGAAGAAAGACGGGUGAAGGCUGAGCGAGUGGAACAGAUAGAAAAGGGGAAGACAUUGUACAAAGCAAUAUGUGCAAACAACUGGACCAUGGCAUAAGCAUCCCUAGAUGAAAACCCUAGUGUCUUGACUGCUAAAAUCACUUCUUCAGGCAAAACAGCACUUCACGUGGCUGCAUUGUUUGGUCAUAGGUUUAUAGAUGAGGAGCUAGAGGGAUUAGUGCCUUCAGAAUUCCUAGAAACUACUGAUGACUUUGGCAACACGCCUCUUUUAAUUGCUACAAUCACGGGAAUCACUCAAGUUGCAGAAUGCCUGGUGAAUAAGAACACCAACAUACUCGGCAUUGCAAACUCAACUGAUGAACUUCCUCUCACUCUGGCUUUUCUGAAUGGUCAUCAACAUAUGGGACGUUAUCUUUAUUCUAAAACUCCAUUGAGUUACCUCCACCCAGAGAAUGCUCCUCUGCAGGGUGCUAUGCUACUUCAUUGCUGUUUCCAAACACAAUGUUACGAUAUUGCUUUGGACUUGCUUAAUCGAUGCCAAGAUUUGCUUUUUGCAUCGGAUAAAGAGGGUUGGAAACCAAUUUAUGGUAUAGCAACCAUGAACUCUGCAAUUCCCAGGUGAAAUGAACUUAUCUUUUGGAAACGAUUGAUCUUUGACUGUAAGUAUAUCCCUAGUUAAAUAUGUCUAACUGUCUCUCUUUUUCAUAAUAAUGUUUAUAUUUUAUGCUCUCCUUUGUUUAGAAUCUACAGUGCAGCAUUAUAUGGCUCAAGUAGACCGAAACCUAAUUUAAUUUUGUGUCUGAAUGAAAUUCAAUCAUAGAUUAAUAUAUAGAUUUAUUAGCAAUUUCAUUAUUUGUGUGCCUUUCUAUAGUACGUGUAAACUAAAA